AUGGCUCUAUGCUUUGUGCUUUUGAAUAACCUACUGCAGCCUAAGGAGGAACUUGAGGACCGGAAAGGCCACCAUUCAGAUACCGUCAAGGCCAAAUUCCAUCAGGAUGUGAAGGCCCACUGUGCUUUAAAAGGGGAGCCAGAAGACCAGAAAUACAUUAUCAAGGUGCUUGCUUACCCUCUCAGCAUCUUAUUGGUGAAUCUGAUGAUAAGUCCAUGGGGGUCAGCUCCUGCACUCGAUGACAAUGAUAUUGACAUCAAUGACUUCCUGAUUGGUUUUGUUGAGGACCCAUAUGAGGCUGAUGAUGAUAUUGACAUCAACGACUUCCCAAUAGGUCCUGUCAAAGAGCCAUAUGGGGCUGAUGAAGAUAUCGACGUCAACGACUUCCUGAUUGGUUGUGUUGAGCCACUUGCAUGUGGUGCUGAUGACAGCCCCAUGGAAGAUAUUGACCAUGCCUUUGAAGGUCAACAUCUUGAACCACAUUUUGCUGUUGCUGUCAAGGAAGAAUUGUGGGAUGAUAUUUCCCUUCUCAACUCAAUCCUCGACCUGCAAUAUCUCAAGCUUGAGGAUGAACUCAAGGACAUCAUGGUUUCAUCACACCUGCAGGUUGCAUCAGAGGCUGAGCUCUCUGUUGCUGGUAUAUCUCCUGGCUUGGUUGAUGAGGUGCUCUGGACUGAGACCGACCUCCUCACUGAUAAUGAUUCCAUAACAUUGAACCUGUACACCUAA